GUCAAUCGGGAGAGAGUUUCGUGACCUCUUACUGUAGCUAUCUCGCAAGCAGGCGACGUGUGGCGCUUCUCAGGACCGUCCCCGUCUUUCACAACGUCUUCACGUCGCUUCCCCGCUUCGUCCUUGCGACAAUUUCUCUCACGCCGAUUUUUCACGUUUUUCGACGAGCACAGCGAGCAUUCGACCGCCUCGUUCACAUCGUCCGCUAGCUGCUCGUCAUGCCCGUCGAACGCGACGCGACCGGCGGCGAUUCCGACGCGCCGCGGCCACUACACGAUGGCGACGUUAGUCUGGAUGAGAUGCUGAGUUUGGCGUGUCGGCAAGGAAAGCAGGAAAUUGCUGAGCUUCUCAUGGAGAGUGGCGCAAUUGUGAGCCGACGAAACAAGGCUGGCAACACGCCGCUACUCGAGGCUUGCAGUCAGGGCUACGUCCAGAUGGCGUCGCUUCUUCUCGACCGUGGAGCCGAUAUCGACGCGGCGACCGAGACGACGCACGAUUCGGCACUCACGUGGGCUUGUACGUUGGGAAACGAGGCGAUUGUGCGGCUGCUGUUGGACCGCAAUGCGAACGUCGAGCACAGGACGAAGGAUGGAUGCACGGCGCUCAUGUUUGCCGCUCUUGCCGGACACGUGAAGGUGUCUGAGAUGCUGCUCAAUCAGAAUGCGAAGCUCAACGUGCACAGCGACUCAAACAUGGACAGUCCCCUGACGUUUGCUUGCUGGAAAGGUCACAUGGAUGUCGUCGAGUUGUUGCUUAAUCGUGGCGCCGAUCUCGAGCAUCGAACGAAGGAAGGAUUUACGCCGUUGAUGUUUGCUGCGUUGGGAGGUCAUACGGCCGUUGCUGAGUGUUUGUUGAAGAGAAAUGCGCGCGUGAAUGUUCCAAGUGGCUCGAACAACGACAUUCCUCUUACGAGUGCGUGUUGGAAGGGUCAUCGUGAUGUUGUCGAGUUACUGCUGAAGCAUGGGUCUGAUUUGGAGCAUCGAACGAAGGACGGAUGCACCCCGUUGAUGCUUGCUGCUCGCGAAGGCCACUUCACCGUUGCCGAACUAAUUCUAAAACACGGCGGUCGCGUCAACACGCCAUCAGGCAGCGAGAACAACAUCCCGCUGACACUCGCAUGCUGGAAAGGCCACGUUGCCGUUGUGAGGUUACUCUUAGAUGCCAACUCAUACAUCGAGCACAGGAACAAGGCCGGCUGCACUCCCCUCAUGUUGGCGGCUAGAGAAGGACAUUUGGAGACGACCAGACUCUUGCUUGAUAGAGGAGCAAAGCUGGAUGAACCGUCGGGCAGCAAUGAUGACACUCCGUUGACUCUCGCUUGCUGGAAAGGACAUGCUGAAGUUGUUGAUCUUCUUCUUCAUCGAAAGUCUAAUGCUGACCAUCAGACAAAGACUGGCUGCACGCCUCUAAUGGAGGCAACACGAGAGGGUCAUGUCCAAGUGGCUGAGAUUCUUCUUGAUCAUGGGGCUGACGUCGAGACUCCCGACAACUAUGGACAAAGUCCUUUGUUCAUGGCAUGCUGGAAAGGUCAUACUGACGUCGCCAAUUUGCUCAUUAACCACAACGCGAACAAAGAUUGUCGUACAAAGACCGGUAUCACUCCGUUGUUUCAGGCUUGUCGUGAGAAUCACGUGGGGAUUGUGAGGUUGCUUUUAGAGAACGGCUGCAGUAUCAAUGCUGGAUUUCCUAACAGUCGAGAAAAUCCUUUGACACUGGCAGCAGAGAAAGGAUUUAUCGAUUUAGUAUCUCUUCUUCUGAACAAGGGUGCGAACGUCGAAGCGAGGACAAAGAAAGGUUGCUCACCAUUUCUGCUUGGCUGCAAAGACGGGCACAAGGAGAUUGUGCAGCUACUGGCCGAGCGAGGUGCAGAUUUGGAGGCUCCCGACCAAAGGAACAUGACCCCAUUGCUUGCUGCUUUCAAGAACGGUCACAUAGAAAUUGUCCAGUGGCUACUGAAGAGAAUCAGUCAUUAUCCGUCGGAUAUUGAAUGCAAGAAAUACCUACGUGCGACUUGUCCUGCCGAUAAAGAUCAAGAAGAACUUCAAGAUCUUCGAAAGAAAUGCGACGACUUCAUCGUGAAAGCAAGAACACAGAAAAGGGAGGCGGCAGAGAGGAACGCAUUGAAGCUAUUUCAGGAACUUGAUGCCGAAAAGGAAAAGGAAGAGAAGAAGAAGGCGAGAAAGAAAGAGAAACGAAGGCGACAAGCAAAAUCAAAACGAGAAGCCAAACAGCGUGAGGAGGACAGCGAGCGACUUCGCCAGGAGGAAAUUGAAGAGCAGAAACGACAGGAAGAGACGGACGAACAAGCAGUAGAGGGGACAGUUACUCUGGACAGCUGA